AGGUCUGAGUUCUGGUGCAAGCCCCGACGAUAUGGCCGCGACAACAACCGAGGCCGUGAUAUCAGCGCCGCCAGCGCCUCCCACUUGUAGCUGGACGGACCACAGCACUGGACCGUGCAAGUUGGUCGUCAUUAACCAUCGGGGAAGCCCGGUUCAGCUGGUGUGGCUGUCGUACGACGGCGCGGAACAGGUGUACAAUGUGCUGGAGAGCGGCGCGGAGACGCACCAGGACACGUACUCGACCCACGUGUGGGAGCUCAAGGAUGAGGAUGGCAAGCGGCUGGUACAGUACGCAGGUCCGUCUGCAAAGCUGUACGUGACAUCUGCCGGAGUUACCAUUGUGGGCACCCCACCACCGCCUCCUGCAGAUGCGCCCGGGCCUUCCGGCUCGGGUGCUGCCGGCUCCAGCUGAAAGUGAUGAUGGUGGAAUGGUGCAGCAACUACUUGGCACGGCGCCACGGAAUGGGGUGUGCCGGUAUUACCGGUAUGUGCCAGGAAGCAUUAAACUACGGUGGCAGUCCCGCCGGGUACGGUAUCCCGGGCAAUGUCCUGCACACCGUCUAUGAAUGCGACUUUACAGGGAGGGACAGCCCGCGACCCAAGUACUGAACUGCUUUUGAAACGCGGUGGUGUAUGGUGUACCCCAUGGGUGUACCCCGUGGGUGCACACGCUGUAUCCUGAGUGGCGAGGCGGGAGCAGCGUGCGUCAAGUUGGAUGCGGGGUCUGGGGGAAGGCAAGCACAGUAUGAUGGGCACCAUCCUGCGGCGUUAGUUAUGCGUGGUCUGUGCCUUGACGUGUGAGCACUCGGCGCUCCGUGUGUGAGGGAGCCCAGGAUGGCAAAUCAUCUGCGGUGCUUACCUUGACCCCUCCUCAGGAGGCAGGAGGCAGCAGGGGAGGCAGCGUGAUGUGUUAUGAGGGCCGGGCUGCAUCCGGGGGCAAGUGCUGAGGGCAGGCGCCAAACGGAUGAUGCUAAGCGUUUGGGCAAUGCAUGCAUGGCAAGCACGCGUCAUUCUGGGACCUCCCUUGUCACACGGGCUUGGGCCCGAGAGUACAGCUCGUCCCGGGGAGCACAAUCAGACCAAGAAGGGGCCUCGAUGAAGGCAAAACUGUCACCAUCCAGGAUCGAACUGGAGACCUCUCGCGUUCCCACGGUUGUGAGGCGAAUGUGAUAACCAACUACACCAUGGUGACUCAGGUGAUGUCUA